UGAUAGAUUAUAAUUGAGAACCAUCAGAAAGUGUUUCCCACAUCCCCAAAAAACAUGCUGGUCCCAGUGCAGUUAACAGGUUUUCCCAUCAAUAGAGCAUUGUAAUUGUACUUUGUUUUAUGUUCUGUAAGCAUUGUAUAGCACUGUAUGCUCUGCAGCGUUGUCAUCGGUUUGUGUUUGUGUGUGCGUAUGCAUGUGUGUGUGCCCUGUAAGCUGUUAAGCUGUCAAUCUGUGCUGUGGCCGCAUACAUCAUGGAGGAUACGUGUUACUCCAGGCUCUGAAAUCAACCUUCAUUAACAGAAUCUCUGCUGGAUUGAUUACGGGUACUGAUGUCUGACCUGGUGUGGCUCCCAGCACUACACUGCAGCCCACUGAGCCACCACAUCUGUUAGUGACAUGCUGACAUCUGUGAUUUCCAGGCAGUUCACUCCAAACCCUGACUCAUUUAAUCAUGAUGAAAGGACCUCACUUUUACCCAAGUCAACAGGAACCUUAAUGUUGUGUCAAUCACACAUCACCUACAAUCAGGAAAUCUGAGUGGAUUUAUGUGAACACCUAACUGGGGACCUCAAACAGCCUGGACUGUUGUGGGUGGAUUGAUGUUUCUAUGUAGUGUGUGUGCGAGUGCAGUGCAGCCUUGGAUCCAUCGUGGAACCACAGUCCGCCUGGGCGCCCAGCCUUUGGCCCAGAGCCGCUUCAAGCCAGUAACUACUCUUUGGUGUUGCUGAUUCAGCUCAGCCUGCUCUCCUUUGACCUGUUUGUCAACUCGUUCAGCGAGCUGCUGAGGGCUGAACCGGCCGUCCAGCUCGUACUUUUUAUGUAAGAAGGAAUAACUCAUUUUUCCAGCAUCCAAAUGCAUUUGGCUCAAGGCUCAAAACAAUUCAGAGCUAAAGAAAUGUAUUUGUCUGAUUUGGGAUGGUGAUUUCACACUAUCCUCUUUGUUUCUACUGCUCUCAUGUUUUACCUUCCGUUCUCUUGUCUUCCUUUACUUGUUUGUGUCAGUAUCCAGGACAUUACCAUCCUGUUUAACCUCAUCAUCAUUCUGUUGAUGCUGUUCAACACCUACGUGUUCCAGGUUGGCCUGAUCGCCAUAUUGCUGGGGCGAUUUAGAACUCUGCUUAUGCUCUCUGCUCUUUACCUGACCUUGAGUAUCAUUCUCCAUUCCUGGCUAAUGAAUCUUCGUUGGCUUAAUACCAACAGAUUUGUUUGGACGGACGGCCUUCAGGUGUUGUUUGUGAUUCAAAGAACAGCAUCUGUGUUGUACUACUACUUUUACAAGAGGACAGCAGAGUAUCUGGGUGACCCUCGCCUUUAUGAAGAUUCACCGUGGCUGCGAGAAGCUUUUGCUCGAGUCAGACAGUGAUACCAAUGACCACAGUCCAGACCAAUACAACGUGAAUUUUACAAAGGUAAUGUAUUUGCAAUAAAUGUACAGUCCACAAACCUAUUCUUGUUUGGAGGCUCUGAUUUCCACAUUUAAGAUGAGAAAGUCUUUAGUACACUACUUGCAUAAAUACACCCAUACAGUAUAAAUGUAUUACAAAAAUGACAUCCCACAUAAAAUGUCCUUACUAUCACUGUGCCAAAAUCUGGCAAUGUCUCUCUUUUUAAAAUCAUUUCACGGAGCUUGUUUUGCUCUUUUGCUGGUAAACAUGAAUAAUUUAAUUGAAAGAAUUCUGUACCAGCUAUCAUAUGUACCAUUUAUUUUGUUAUACUUAAAAAAGUAUAUAUCUAUACAAUGUUGUAGUUUUAUUUGUGAUUAUUUGUUUUUCCUUGUGUUUUUUACUGUUGAUUUUAACUUGGCAUUGAUAUGGAAUGAUGG